AUGUCUUCUCCCAACUUUAUUGCUCAAGAACAAUCAGCCUUCGAUUAUGAGGUGUCUGAAGUUGAAAGGUGGUGGAAAAAUGAACGUUUUCGUCUUAUAAAACGUCCUUAUACUGCCGAUCAGAUAGUUUCAAAGCGUGGUCUCCUUAAACAACAAUAUGCCUCUGAUACUCAGGCUAAAAAAUUGUGGUCUUUGUUAAAACGACACCAAAAAAGUAAGACUGCCUCACAUACUUUUGGUGCCUUGGAUCCUAUCCAAGUAGCUCAAAUGGCUAAGUAUCUGGAAACCGUAUACGUAUCCGGUUGGCAAUGUUCUUCUACUGCUUCCACCUCAAAUGAACCAGGCCCGGAUCUUGCUGAUUAUCCAAUGGACACUGUUCCAAAUAAAGUUGAACAUUUAUUUAUGGCCCAACAAUUCCAUGACAGAAAACAACGUGAGGCAAGGUUUGGUCUUUCCAAAGAACAGAGAGUAAAAACAUCCUUUGUUGACUAUUUGCGCCCCAUUAUUGCUGAUGCUGAUACUGGUCAUGGCGGUAUCACUGCCGUCUUAAAACUCACUAAAAUGUUCGUUGAACGCGGCGCUGCAGGAAGUAGGUUAUCAUUUAGUUUUGAUUUUUUUCUUGUAAAGAUUGCGGAUAAUAUCAAAUUGAUAUUUAAUAUCCAUUCUAAUUUAUUAAAAAUAGUUCACAUUGAAGACCAAUCUCCCUCUAAUAAAAAGUGUGGUCAUAUGGGUGGAAAAGUAUUAGUGCCAAUUUCUGAACACAUAAACCGUUUAAUUGCUAUCCGUGUUCAAUAUGAUAUCAUGGGUGUUGAGAAUAUUGUUGUCUCUCGUACUGACUCUGAAGCUGCUACUCUUCUCACAUCUAAUAUCGACUCUCGAGAUCAUGGAUUCAUUCUUGGUUCAACCAAUCCUAACCUUCGUCCUCUUGUAGAAGUCAUGCGAGAGGCAGAAGCAAAGGGUAUCUCGGGAAGUCAGCUUUCUGCGAUAGAAGAAAAAUGGUUGAGUGACGCAAAAUUAAAGCUUUACAAUGAUGCUGUUGUUGAUGCUAUUAAGGCAUCCAACCUUAUCAAUAAAAAUUCUUGCCUUCAAAAUUGGUCGUCACAACACCAAGGACUUUCUCACUAUGAUGCUUCCAAAUUAGCGAAGUCAUUGGGCAUUGAUUUGUUUUGGGAUUGGGAUGCACCAAGAUCACGUGAAGGAUUAUACAGAUAUCAAGGUGGCACAAAAUGUGCUAUUAAUCGUGCUAUAGCUUAUGCUCCAUAUUGCGACCUGCUUUGGAUGGAGACCGCAAAACCAAUACGCGCUCAAGCGCAAGAAUUCGCUGCAGGUGUUCACAAAGUACAUCCUGAAGUUAUGUUGGCUUAUAAUUUAAGUCCUUCAUUUAACUGGGAUGCUGCUGGUAUGACGGAUGAAGAAAUCCGUCAUUUCAUUUCUGAUUUAGGUAAAUUGGGCUUCGUAUGGCAAUUCAUUACGCUUGGUGGAUUCCAUUCGAAUGCCCUUGGAGUGGAUACUUUUGCUAAAGAUUAUAAAGCACGCGGUAUGCUUGCGUAUGUUGAAGGAGUUCAACGAAAAGAACGUGAACAUGGUGUCGAGACCCUUCAACAUCAGAACUGGUCCGGUGCAAAAUAUGUUGAUCAGUUAAUAUUGACAGUUACAGGUGGUGUCAAUGCAACAACUGCCAUGGGUAAAGGUGUGACCGAGGAUCAAUUCAAAAAUUAA